AUGGUCGUCCGCGCGCUGGGGCGCGAGGGCCAGCACGACGCCGUCUGCGCGCUGCUCGACGAAAUGCCGCUCCCGCCCGGGUCCCGCCUCGACGUCCGCGCCUACACCACCGUGCUCCACGCGCUCUCCCGGGCGGGUCGGUACGAGCGCGCGGUCGAGCUCUUCGCCGAGCUCCGGCGGCAGGGGGUGGCGCCCACGCUCGUCACCUACAACGUCGUGCUCGACGUGUACGGCCGGAUGGGCCGCUCGUGGCCGCAGAUUGUCGCCCUCCUAGAUGAGAUGCGGGCCGCCGGGGUCGAGCCCGACGACUUCACCGCCAGCACGGUGAUCGCCGCGUGUUGCCGUGACGGGCUUGUUGAUGAGGCGGUGGCAUUCUUCGAGGACCUCAAGGCCCGGGGCCACGCCCCGUGCGUCGUCACCUACAAUGCGCUGCUCCAGGUGUUUGGCAAGGCCGGAAACUACACCAAGGCGCUGCGAGUGCUUAAGGAGAUGGAGCAGAACGGUUGUCAGCCAGAUGCUGUGACGUACAAUGAGCUCGCCGGAACAUAUGCCCGGGCUGGGUUCUAUGAGGAGGCUGCCAAGUGCCUGGACACAAUGACAUCCAAGGGUUUAUUGCCAAACGCAUUCACAUAUAACACCGUGAUGACAGCUUAUGGGAAUGUUGGGAAGGUGGAUGAGGCACUUGCUCUGUUUGACCAGAUGAAGAAGAGCGGGUGUGUGCCGAAUGUGAACACAUACAAUCUUAUCCUUGGCAUGCUUGGCAAGAAAUCAAGGUUCACUGUGAUGCUAGAGAUGCUUGGAGAGAUGUCAAGGAGUGGAUGCACACCAAAUCGGGUCACAUGGAACACAAUGCUUGCAGUCUGUGGGAAGCGUGGCAUGGAGGACUAUGUCACCCGGGUUUUGGAGGGGAUGAAGUCUUGUGGGGUUGAACUGAGCCGAGACACCUACAACACCCUGAUAGCUGCAUAUGGUCGGUGUGGCUCAAGGACUAAUGCUUUCAAGAUGUACAAUGAAAUGACCAGUGCUGGAUUCACCCCCUGCCUCACCACAUACAACGCAUUGUUGAAUGUGCUAUCGCGACAAGGUGAUUGGUCCACCGCUCAGUCAAUCGUAAGCAAAAUGAGGACCAAGGGGUUUAAGCCGAAUGAUCAGUCAUAUUCACUAUUGCUUCAGUGUUAUGCAAAGGGGGGCAACAUUGCAGGGAUAGACGCAAUCGAAAAAGAAGUUUACGGAGGUACCGUUUUCCUAAGUUGGGUUAUCUUGAGGACCCUUGUCAUUGCCAAUUUCAAGUGCCGACGAUUGGGUGGCAUUGAGAAGGCAUUUCAAGAGGUAAAGGCCAGAGGUUACAAUCCUGACCUCGUCAUAUUCAACUCCAUGCUGUCAAUGUAUGCCAAAAACGGGAUGUACAGCAAGGCCACCGAGAUCCUCGAUUCAAUCAAGCAGAGCGGGCUGAGCCCUGACCUCAUCACUUACAAUAGCUUGAUGGACAUGUACGCAAAGUGUAGCGAAUCGUGGGAGGCUGAGAAGAUACUGAACCAGCUCAAAAGCUCUCAGGUGAAGCCUGACGUCGUGUCCUAUAACACGGUCAUAAACGGAUUCUGCAAGCAAGGGCUGAUCAGAGAAGCUCAGAGGAUCCUCUCCGAGAUGAUCGCUGACGGCAUGGCUCCCUGUGUCGUAACUUAUCACACACUCGUUGGGGGAUACGCCAGCCUGGAGAUGUUCAGUGAAGCUAGAGAGGUUAUCAACUACAUGAUUCAGCACAACCUGAAGCCUAUGGAGCUGACCUACAGGAGAGUAGUCGACAGUUACUGCAAAGCGAAGCGAUUCGAGGAGGCUCGCAGUUUCCUGUCUGAGGUUUCAGAAACUGACCCGAAUUUUGAUAAGAAAGUGCUGCAUACACUCACAGCCUAUAUAGAGGAUGCACAGUUUGGAAGGUAG